UUCCUCUCUCUCUCCUUUCCGUAACUCUUCGUCUUCCUUCCCCAGAAUCCAAUUUUCCGUUUUCGCUAAUUCUCUUUGAUGAUUUUUCUCUUCACCUUCUGAAUUUUUUCUGGGUCUUUGAAGGAGAAGAUCAUCAGUAUCACAAUACGUUUCAGCUUCUACGUCUCGCGAUGGGCUGUUUCAGACUCACUGGGAAAUCCAGCAAACGAUCGAAGACGAAGAACAACGAGUUUGCCAAAAACAAAAUCGCAGUCGACGGAAACUGCGACCGUAAGAACGUAAAUCGAGAUUCUCAGACGCAUCCCAGCUCAGUCAGUCCAUGCGGAGAUGUAGACAAGGAGAUAAAUACUAAAGAGGAUCAAUUAGCUUUGGACGCGAAGGAUUCGAAUGUGGAAGAUGAAGUUUCAGGGAAGAAAGCACAGACUUUCACCUUUGAGGAACUCUCUGUUUCUACCGGAAACUUCAGGUCCGAUUGUUUUCUAGGCGAAGGAGGUUUCGGAAAAGUUUACAAGGGCUUCAUUGACAAACUCGAUCAGGCUGUUGCAAUCAAGCAACUUGAUCGGAAUGGUUCUCAAGGAAUCAGAGAGUUCGUGGUCGAAGUGUUGACGCUAAGUCUCGCUGAUCAUGAGAAUCUUGUAAAGCUUAUUGGAUUCUGCGCUCAAGGUGUUCAGAGACUCUUGGUCUACGAGUUCAUGCCACUAGGAUCUCUUGAAAAUCACCUCCAUGAUCUUCCUCAUGGUAAGAAUCCGCUUGCGUGGAGCACUCGGAUGAAGAUAGCGGCUGGUGCAGCGAGAGGUUUGGAGUAUCUCCACAACACAAUGAAGCCUCCUGUGAUCUACCGUGAUCUCAAGUGUUCGAAUAUCUUGCUCGGUGAAGACUUUCACCCAAAACUCUCCGACUUUGGGUUAGCUAAAGUCGGACCAAGCGGAGACGAAACACAUGUCUCCACGAGGGUCAUGGGAACGUACGGAUACUGUGCUCCUGAAUACGCAAUGACGGGACAGCUCACUUUCAAAUCAGACAUCUACAGUUUCGGAGUUGUGCUUUUGGAGCUUAUCACUGGAAGGAAAGCCAUGGAUAAGGCAAAAGCUCGUAAAGACCAGAAUCUAGUUGGAUGGGCGGUUCCGUUGUUUAAAGAUAGGAGGAAUUUCAAGAAAAUGGUUGAUCCGUUGAUGAGAGGAGAUUAUCCGGUUAGAGCAUUGUACCAAGCGAUUGCGAUAGCUGCGAUGUGUGUUCAAGAUCAGCCUUGUAUGAGACCGGUGAUAUCGGAUGUAGUAAUGGCUUUGGAUCACUUAGCUUCUGCCAAUUAUGAUCCUCAUCACAGGAGAAAUCAGUCUGAUGUGACAGAGACAAGAGUCGAUGAUGAAGUGAAGAAAAUGACCGAAGAGUACUCUCAUGUUUGUGUGGAGGAAGAGAAGAAGCAAGAAGAGAUCAAGAUAUGUUCAGAACAAGCAAGUUAAAUCAAUAACGGUUCUUUUGUUUUGGAAACAAAAAAAAAACAUGAAAUAGUUUUUUUUUUUUAAUUUGUAGAAUCAAUGCUUCCUUUGUAGGAGCAACAAUUUUGUUUUUCGAGGCAUAUCUAGAGAUAUAGUAACAAAAAUGGUUGAAGAAACCUGAGUCAUGUUGCUAUGGCGAUUUUGGCUUCAUAUAAAGUCGGGACUUCCGUUCGUGGAUAUCAUAAUGUGACUGUGUAGAAGUUUACCAAACCGGUGUAAACCGAAAUGUUAUAGACACUUGCCGGUUAACUGUGAGCAGAAAUUAACCGUUUGUAUACAGUAUUUUCUUGCUAUUACAUAUAUUUUGAAGAUUCUCAAAGAUUCUGC